AUGGGUGUCUACACAAGUGAUUCGACAAUUGGAGGUGUCUUGGUUCAAAGAGUGGAAAAGAAGCUCCAUGUGAUAUAUUAUCAUGCGGCUCUCAAGUACAUUUUUGCCAAGAAGGAAUCCAAGCCUAGGUUGAUCUGGUGGGUUCUUGAACUUCUAAUUUUUUAUAUAGAGAUUAUGGAUAAGAGAGGAGCGGAAAAUGUUGUGGAGGACCAUCUCUCUUGCCUUGAGGAUUCCCAAAUCCAUGAUCAUGGUUCUCUAAUUGAUGAUAGAAUACUUGGUGAUUUCUUAUAUGCUAUUGCGGAUUCAUGGGGAUUUGUUAAGUCAUGUGAUCGUUGUCAUCAACGAGUUAGGAAUAUAUCUAAGAAAAAUGAGAUGCCUCCACAACCUAUUCUUGAGUUGGAAGUAUUCUAUGUAUGGGGAAUUGAUUUCAUGGGACCGUUUCUUUCAUCCUUUGGGAAUCAAUACAUUCUUGUGGCGGUGGAUUAUGUGUCUAAAUGGGUUGAGGCCAUUGCUUCUCCAACAAAUGACCACAAGGUGAUAUUACAAAAGCAUGGAGUUCCUCAACGCUUUGGUCUUCCGUAUCAUCCUCAAAUGAGCGGCCAAGUUGAGGUUUUCAAUCGUCAAAUCAAGUUAGUUCUUGAGAAGGCGGUUGCUAGGAAUAGGAAAGAUUGGGCGGACAAGCUUGAUGAUUCUUUAUGGGCAUAUCGAACGGAUUUCAAGACCCCCAUAGGUACCACUCCAUUUUGCCUUGUUUAUGGAAAGCCUUGUCAUCUUCCGAUGGAGCUUGAGCACCGCGCUCAUUGGGCAACCAAGAAAAUGAAUUUUUAUUUAGCGAGUGAUGGAGAGAAAAGGUGGUUAGAUCUUCAUGAAUUAGAAGAACAUAGGCUUGAUGAUUAUGAUUGUGUAAGUACCUACAAAUCUUGA